AUGGGUUUUGAUGGUUUGUUUUUUGGUCGUGCUGAUUAUGAUGAUUAUACAACACGUAAUAGAACAAAAACUAUGGAAAUGGUUUGGAAAGCAAGUGCAAAUUUAGAUCGUCAAAGUUGGUUAUUCACUGGUGUUUUACCUAAUGGAUAUGGUCCACCAGGCUCGUUCUGUUUUGAUAAUUUCUGUGAUGAUGCACCGAUUAUGGAUGAUCCACGAUUACACGAUUACAAUGUUCCAGAACGUGUCCAAUCAUUCAUUCAAGCAGCUCACAAUGAGGCUGUUGGCUUUGCUACUAAUCAUAUAAUUAUGACAAUGGGUAGCGAUUUUCAAUACGAAAAUGCAAAUGAAUGGUUCAAAAAUAUGGACAAAUUAAUUAGAUAUGUAAAUGCUCAACAAGUCAAUGGUAGCGAUGUUAAUGUUUUCUAUUCAACACCAUCAUGUUAUUUAUAUGCCUUGAAUAAUGUCAGUCAUAAUUGGACCUCGAAAACUGAUGAUUUUUUUCCAUAUGCUCAUCAUCCUCAUGGAUUUUGGACAGGUUAUUUUACAUCACGAGCAGCUUUGAAACGUUAUGAACGUCAUUCAAAUAAUAUUUUACAAGCUACAAGACAACUCAAUGCAUUAGCUAAUCUUAAUUUACGAAAUAGUAUUUUCUUUCUAAGUGAAGCAAUGGGUGUUGCUCAACAUCAUGAUGCUGUUAGUGGUACAGAAAAACAAGAAGUUGCAUUUGAUUAUGCUCAACGAUUGGCUGUCGGUAUUAAUGUUGCUUCUGGUAUUAUCAAUCAAGCUUAUUCUAAACUAUUACCCAAAAGUAGUCAAUCACCACCAUCACCAACUCAAUUUCUAUGUCAAUUAACUAAUAUCAGUGAAUGUGUACCAGUUCAAGAUCAAACUCGAUUCACAGUAACACUUUGGAAUCCAACUAUAAAUCCAGUUCUUCAGCAUUUCCGUGUACCUGUCACAAGAGCUUAUACAGUUCGUGAUCCAACUGGACAACCUAUUUUGUCUGAGAUUAUUCCUGUUUCGAAUGCAACAAAGAACAUUCCUGGUCGUGCUAGUACUGCUACAAAUCAAUUAAUCUUUAGAGCAAGUUUACCAGCACUUGGUUUUAACACCUAUUUCUUUGAAGCAAAAACUGAUGAAAAACAUGAAAAACCAAAAAUAAAAAUUACAAAAAAUGAUGAAUGUAUUUUACAAAAUCAAAAUCUUCGAGUUGAAAUUGAUGCUCAAGGCAAUCUUGGACAUAUUGUUAAUCUAAAAAAGAGCUUUGAUGUAGCAUUUACAAGUCAAGGUUUCUAUUUCUAUCAAAGUUUUCCUGGUAAUAAUUCUCGAUCAGAAUUUCAAGCAUCAGGUGCUUAUAUCUUCCGACCAUUAACACCAACUGCAGUACCAGUUAGUCAAACACGUUCAAUUACAUGUAUAAAAGGAGAGAGUGUUCAAACAGCAGUCAUUGUUUUCAAUGAUUGGGCAAGUCAAGAAAUAAGUUUAUAUGAUGAGGCAGAGUUUGUUGAAGUUGAAUGGACAGUUGGACCAAUUCCAAUAGGUGACAAUAUUGGCAAAGAAAUUAUUAUUCGUUAUGAUACUGAUAUUGCAAGUGGAUCAAAAUAUUAUACGGAUGCAAAUGGACGUGAAGUUCUUGAAAGAAAAAGAGAUUAUCGACCAACAUGGAAUUAUACAGUUGUUGAAACAGUAAGUGGAAAUUAUUAUCCAAUUAAUAGUCGAAUAUGGAUUAAAGAUGACAAUCGACAAUUUACUGUUCUUACUGAUCGAUCAGAAGGUGGUGGUAGUAUUCAAAAUGGUUCUAUUGAAAUUAUGGUACAUCGACGUAUUCUUAAUGAUGAUUCACUUGGUGUUGGCGAAGCUUUGAAUGAAAGUGCAUAUGGUCAAGGUCUUGUUGUUCGUGGUCGACAUUUUCUUCUUGUUGAACCACCAGCUUCAAGUGCUCGAUAUCAUCGUAUUGGUUCUCAACGUUUAUACAUGCAUCCAAUUGCUACCUUUGCAACUAAUCUACAAGACUAUGAAAGUUAUUCAGCUGCUUAUUAUCAAACAUGGUCAGCAUUAACAGAUACAUUACCAUUAAAUGUUCAUUUAUUAACAUUAGAUCAAUUAGGACCAAAAGAUUAUCUUAUUCGUGUUGAACAUUAUUUUGAAUUAUUAGAAGAUGAUACAUUUUCAAAACCAGUUACAUUUGAUUUACAAUCAUUAUUUAAAUCUAUAGGAUUAAUUAGUAAUACAGUUGAACUAACACUUAGUGCUAAUUUACCAUUAUCUGAUAUGCGACGACUUAAUUGGAUAACUGGAGAUGGACAAUUAUCUGAAAUGGAAAUUUCUAAAGAAAGAUCAUUAACAGAUACAAAUAUCACAUUGAAUCCAAUGCAAAUUCGAACAUUCCAAGCAUGCAAUUUAGGUGUUGCAAAUAAGCUCAAUGUUCAUAUUGUUCCACAUACACAUGAUGAUGUUGGAUGGCUGAAAACAGUCGAUCAAUAUUACUAUGGAGCUCGCAAUUAUAUUCAACAUGCUGGUGUACAAUAUAUACUUGAUUCAGUUAUGCUUGCACUUGACGAAAAUCCUGAACGACGUUUCAUCUAUGUUGAAAUGGGCUUUUUUUGGCGUUGGUGGAAUCAACAAACAGAUGCCAUGCGUGAUAAAGUGAAACAAUUUGUUUACGAUGGUAAACAUUUUUUUAAAUAA